AUGACCAAUAAUGGUAACACUAAAAUGCGCAUCAAGAGUUUUCCAGUUUCUCUCAAUGAGCAACAUAUCACUCAAACUUGGGAGAAGUUAAGAGCGGCCAUUCUGGAGAUUCAAAAGAUGAAUAAUACUGGAUUAAGUUUUGAGGAACUUUAUCGGAACGCAUAUACGCUUGUCCUGCAAAAGCAUGGUGACCUGCUCUAUAACGGGACCAAGCAGGUUGUAAUGCAGCAUAUGUUAAGAAUUCGUGAAUCAGUCGUUGAAAAUCUCAACAACAAGUUUCUUUCCUUCCUGAACAGUUGCUGGAAAGAUCAUCAAACAGCCAUGCCAAUGAUUCGUGAUAUUCUACUCUACAUGGAUCGUAUUUACGUAAUACAAAAAAAGGUGGAUAAUGUUUAUAAAAUGGGUAUGGUGAUGUUCUGUCAGUUCGUUGUUCGUUAUGGUGUGAUAAAAGAGCAUCUUCAGAAAACGUUGCUCGAUAUGGUGAAGCGGGAACGCCAGGGCGAGUUAAUUUCUCGUCCACAGAUUCGUGAUGCCUGUCAGAUGCUCGUUCAGCUCGGGGUCGGCUCAUUAGAUGUCUAUCAGGAGGAUUUUGAACAACCUUUUCUGCGACAAACUCGGGACUUUUACGUGGCCGAAAGUGAGGCCUUUCUGGCUCAAAAUCCGUCUGCGAUUCUCUACAUCAAUAAAGUAGAACAGCGCAUAGAGGAGGAGAUUGCUCGCGUCUACCACUACUUGGAUUCUUCAACAGGUCCGAAGCUUGUUAAGGUGCUCGAGCAGGAGCUGAUUAGUCGUCACAUCAGCACCAUCGUAAAUAUGGAGAACUCAGGUCUCACCUAUCUCCUGGCAAACGAACGUUAUGAUGACAUUAAGACUAUGCACAAGGUUCUUUCGCGUGUACCCGAGGGUCCUAAAGCCAUGAGCCUGUGUAUUAGCGCUUUUGUCCGCGAACGCGGGCAGAAUAUUGUUCGUGAUACAGGUAGCAACAACCCACUGCAGUACAUCCAGGACCUACUUCAACUGCGUAGUCGUUGUGACGACAUACUAAACGCCCUUAAUCGUCAGGCUAUCUUUCGCAGCCAACUGAAUGGGGACUUUGAAUUCUUCAUUAACAGGAAUCCUAAGUCGGCUGAGUUUCUCUCUCUCUUCAUCGAUGAGAAACUACGACGUGGUUUUAAGGGGAUGAGCGACCAUGAUGUUGAUGUCAUCUUCGAUCAGUGUACCGUACUCUUUCGCUAUUUACAGGAGAAGGACAUAUUUGAGCGGUACUACAAGCAACACUUGGCCAAACGUCUGUUGCUAGGUAAAUGUCAGUCAGAUGACCAGGAGAAGAGCAUGAUUGCCAAGCUCAUGGCAGAGUGUGGUGGUCUCUUCACGAGCAAACUGGAGGGCAUGUUUAAGGACAUGACUGUUUCGAAGUCUCUAAUGGAGGAGUUUAUCCUUUCCACCGCAAACACACCGCUCAACUUGGAUCUUUAUGUUCGUGUACUAACAAUCGGCCUAUGGCCAACUCAAACUACAAGUCCUCGAGUAUCGCUCCCCGCGGAUGCCGUCGAUGCUUUCAAUGUCUACUCAAACUUCUACUUAAGCAAGCAUACCGGCCGAAAGAUAAGUUUGCAUUCAAACUUGGGUCAUGCGGAGUUGUUAGCCCUCUUCAACGGUCCUGUUAUUGCGAAUGAGGAGACUCCAUCGCAACUUGAGGUGGCACCCGGGUCCCUCCCCUCCUCACUUCGCUUCUCCGCCUCGUCCUCUUCGGGUGGCGCUAUCAGUGGACUGCCAGGCAGUCCUGGAGUCUCUGACUCUCUCGAUAACCCCAGUGCUGGCAGGGGCUCUUCGAAUCGGAAGUAUAUCCUUCAGGUGUCUACCUUUCAGAUGGUCAUUCUGAUGCUUUUCAACCAACGCAGCCGAUACACAUUUGGAGAGUUGCUUGCAGAAUCGGGCAUUCCUGAACGUGACCUGAUGCGCAACUUGACGGCGCUGUGUUUAAGCAAAUCCACUCAGCGCAUCCUUUGCAAGGAGCCCAAAAGCAAGGAAAUUGAACCCACUGAUGUCUUCUCUGUCAACAACUCGUUUUUCUCGCGUCACUAUAAGAUUAAGGUGCAGAAUAUGUCGGUACGCGAAAGCGAGCCAGAGCGUCAAGAGACGCGAACGCGAGUGGAUGAGAACCGUCGGUAUGUGAUCGAGGCGACCAUAGUGAGGGUGAUGAAGAUGCGCAAGACUAUGGAGCACAACCAGUUGCUGGCUGAAGUUAUGGAGCACCUCAAGUCGCGCUUCCGCCCUACUCCGCUGGCCAUCAAGCAGCGCAUUGAGGCUCUCAUCGACCGUGAGUUCAUCGCGCGUUCCGAGACCGACCGAAAAGUGUACAAAUACCUCGCGUGA